CAUCUAGUCGUUGUGUAAAAUUUGGUCGAAAAUGUUCGAAUUUCGCGCCGGUUUUUAUUUUUAACUAUGCGUGAAAGUGUGUUUUUGCCAUGGGUUUACUACUCUCGGUUUUGGUUGCUUGUGUGGGUGUUGUGGAACUUUUAGCUUUUUACUCGAACGUCACCAGAAAUUUUGUUACCACUUCCACACAAACGAAUCUGCCCGAUCUCACUAAAAGGUAUCUACAAGACCUUGAAAAACUCAAUACCACAACUAGACAAAUUUCUUCCGAAGACAUAGAACUAGAAGUUGGUGAUGUAGUGACUAGAUCUAGAUCUUCAACACCUAAGAGGUUUCUUCUGACUGAAAAAGAAGAUCAUGAUCGGUCAAGAUCACCAACACCUCGUCGUUUUAUUGUCACAAAUGCCAACGGCGAGAAUUCGAAUUUACCGAAAUUUAUCGUCGAGGAGAAAAAUUCCACACAAAAACAGUUCAAAAUUAAAAAAGACGAUACUGUUUUUCCUCUACCUAAGGAAUUUAUUGUGACACCACAUUCUAGAUCACCUUCCCCUAUUCCAAGAAGAUUCGGUGAACAACAAGAAGUGAUUUUCAGACGUUCACCCUCUCCUUACCCUAAUCCUGUUCUUCCAGUUCCCAGAAAUAGUAUCUGUAGUGAAUUGCUCGAAAAUCCCACUCUAAGUGUGGUCGAAGUUGAUGAAGAGCAAAUUUCAAGGUCUCCAACACCAGAAAAAUUAGAUUUGAUUUUGGAAUCAAAACACGACUCUACUGAAUAUUGGACAAACAAAAUGUUAGUCGUUCCUCGGUCAAAGAGUAGAGAAUCUUCCAAAUCUGCAUCUCCCUGCUCUUCAAGAACACCCGAAGAAUUCGACGAACAAUUUCUCGACUCCCUCGACGGUGUUAAACGAAGUAAACUUAGUCGAAGUAGUUCUUCGCGGAAAUCGCGAAAGAGAAAUAAAGCUCCGAUUAAUAACGAGUCAAAAGAUGAUUGCUUGUCAUCUUCUGACGCUCAAACUGCUAAAACACUAACAGAAGCUGCUAAUGUUUUAAAAUCGGUUAAUCGAGAAGAUGCUCCUUCCGGAUCUUCAGCAGGUCCUAGUAAUGGUGAUAGUAAAACAACAGAACCUUUUUGGCUGAUUUUCAGUGGCGAGUACACAAAGGCCAUGAACAAGGACUGGCAUGGACAACACUUUUGCUGUUGGCAAUGUGAUGAGAGUUUAACUGGUCAACGUUACGUCCUCCGCGACGAUCAUCCUUAUUGCGUGUCAUGUUACGAAUCUGUCUUUGCCAAUGCUUGCGAAAAGUGCAGCAGAAUCAUCGGUAUCGACUCAAAAGACCUCUCCUACAAAGACAAGCAUUGGCACGAGGCCUGUUUCUUGUGCACGACUUGCGGGGAAUCCCUCGUAGACAGGCAAUUUGGGUCGAAGGGCGACAGGAUCUACUGCGGGCGUUGUUACGAUGAACAGUUCGCCUCCAGGUGCGACGGCUGCCACGAAAUCUUCAGGGCAGGAACAAAGAAGAUGGAAUACAAGACGAGGCAAUGGCACGAGAAGUGCUUCUGUUGUUGUGUAUGCAAAGUACCAAUCGGUACUCAGAGUUUCAUUCCUCGCGAACAAGAAAUCUACUGUGCCAAGUGCUACGAAGAGAAAUUCGCCACUCGUUGCAUCAAGUGCAACAAGGUUAUAACCAGCGGCGGCGUGACCUACAAGAAUGAGCCCUGGCACAGGGAGUGCUUCACUUGCACCCAUUGCUCGAAGAGUUUGGCGGGCGAGCGCUUCACCAGCCGCGACGAGAAGCCCUAUUGCGCCGAGUGCUUCGGCGAGUUGUUCGCGAAGCGCUGUUUCGCCUGCAAUAAGCCAAUCACGGGGAUUGGGGGCACGAAAUUCAUCUCGUUCGAAGACAGGCAUUGGCACAACGAUUGCUUCUUCUGUGCUUCGUGCCGCACUAGUCUAGUGGGGCGCGGGUUUAUCACCGAUCAGGAUGAUAUCAUCUGUCCCGAAUGCGCCAAGCAAAAGUUGAUGUAGAUUUUUACAGAUUUCUUUUUUUUUAACGAUUCAGUGACCAUAAUAUGACAAGUUAGCACCGUAAGAAAUGGAAAACAUUUCAUGUUAUACACGCACACACUACACACAAACACACAUCUUACACUACCGAAAAAAUAUAAAAGAAAAACUACAAAAAAAUACAGUAUUUGUUUUUUUAAUUUGUUAGAAAGGUUAGAGUAAAUGUAUUUAUUUUUGGAGGAUUUAUUUUUGUUUUGCCAUAUUAAGCCAGCAAUAUUGGACCGUGGAAUAUUCUAAAUUUUAACAUUACACAGACAGUUGCCUUAAAAUUUUAAUAUCGGAUAGUAGAAACUUAUCAAUAUAUAUUUGUUAUUGAAUUACGGUUGUUAUUGCUUCUUAACUGUUACUCUAAGUGUUUUGACAAUUUUUUAUUGUAUAUUAUUAUUACUACUGUAGAUAAUGUACACAGCUUUAUAGCAUUUAUGAAAUGAGCAACUUUGGUGCUAUUUGAGUAGUUAGUUUUUUUUUUAAUUAUUAUUAUUAUUUUCUUAUUUUCUAGUUACUGUUCAUUCGGUAAAUCCUAGUUAAAUGCUUCAUUAACAGAAAUGUUUUUAUUAAUGUUGAUAAAUAAACAUACAUAAUAUUCGUUUAGAGUUUAACUUUCAUUUGUUAAAUGUACGUAUUGGUAAAUUUGGAUUGUUAAAAUUUGUUAUGCUUUUAAAAUACAAGUACAGGGCUUUGCUUUAGGGUUAUUAUUGUUAUUUUUAAUUCCACAAUAAAUAUCGUGACGAAAA